UUCUUCAGUCAGGGAUCGCCAAACGAGGGGCAAUUGCGGGGUAGCAGCUUGAGGCAGCACACGCGCACCACUUCCAGCGCAGCAAAGUUGAGAGAGCACCCGCAAAAACACCAAAGCUCCAUCGCGGGGAUAUUACGGCGCAUCGUCAAACCACCGGCCUCUUCGGGUCGUCUUGUUCAACAUCGUCUCUUCGGCAGCAAAGAUACCCAAUCCGCAUUCGGUCUCGAGCGAAACACACGUUCGCCCGCUAUGGCCGGUCCCGUUCCCACCGCGAGCGCCCUCGCCGACAUCUACACAGACGAUGCCCUCCCCAUUCAGACCAAGCGCUGGUCGUCUCUGCUCUCACAGUUCGAGUCCGAGUACGGCCACCCGGCCUCUGUCGUCGCCCGCUCCCCCGGCCGCGUGAACAUUAUCGGCGAGCACAUCGACUACUCCCUCUACUCCGUCCUCCCUAUGGCAAUCACCGCCGAUGCCAUCCUCGCCUUCUCCGUCACCGACACUCCCGCUGACUCCGACACCUUCACCCUCCGCGUCGCAAACGCCCAGUCCGACAAGUACCCCUCCCGCACCUUUGAAGUCCCCAUCGGCGCCGAUGUUCCUAUCGACUCCAAGGUCCACGAGUGGUCCAACUACUUCAAGAGCGGCUUGAGUGGCGCCCUGGAGCUGCUGCGUCGGAAGCAUGGCAAGGACUUCAGACCCAAUGGUAUGAAGAUCCUCAUGGACGGUAACGUCCCCGUUGGCGGUGGUCUCAGCUCUAGUGCUGCUUUCGUUAGUGCCUCGGCAUUGGCUGUCAUGCUUGCCAACGGCGAGAAGACUGUUGACAAGACCGAGCUCACUGAGCUUGCCAUCGUCAGUGAGCGUGCCGUUGGUGUCAACUCUGGCGGCAUGGACCAGUCCGCCUCCGUCUUCUCCCAGCGCGGUUCUGCUCUCUUCGUGUCCUUCAGCCCCUCUCUGACCGCUCGCCCCGUCUUCUUCCCGACAACCAACCCGGAACUCUCCUUCCUCAUCGCCCAGUCCUUUGUCACCUCCAACAAGCAGGUCACCGGCCCUAUCCACUACAAUCUCCGCGUCGUCGAGUGCAGCAUGGCAGGCGCCUUCCUCAACGCAGCCCUCAAUCCGGCCGGCACAAAGCUCCCCACCGACGCUUCUCCGCUCGGUAUCUCUCUCCACGGCUUUCACGAAGCCUACUUCGCCAACAACAAGCUCCCGCACGCCGAGGGCGCAUCAGCAGAGGAGGCCGCAGAGGCACAGCUCCGCGUGCUCAUCGACGUCACCAAGAAGGCCCUUACCAGCACCGAGGGCUACACCCGCGAGGAGAUUGCCAAGGUCCUGGGCGUCUCCGUCCCCGAGCUUGAGCAGAUCUUCAUGUCCAAGCUCUCCGUCCGCGCCGACCGCUUCAAGCUCCGCCAGCGCGCCCUGCACGUCUUUGAGGAGGCUCUCCGCGUACUCCAGUUCAUGAAGGUUCUGGAGCAGGAGGCGCCGAAGGAUACCUCUGACACCACGGCCUACAACAAGCGCCUCGGCGACCUGCUUAACGCCACACAAGACUCGUGCCGCGACUUGUACGAGUGCAGUGCCCCUGAGAUUGACGAGCUUUGCCGCAUUGCGCGCGAAAACGGAUCCUAUGGCAGCAGACUUACCGGUGCUGGCUGGGGUGGCUGCACAGUCCACAUGGUGCCUGCUGACAAGGUUGCUGCUGUCAAGGAGGCGUGGGAGAGGGAAUACUACUCCAAGCGCGAGCUUACUGAGGAGCAGAAGGAGGGUGCUGUUGUUGUGAGUCGGCCGGGAAGUGGAAGUGCGGCGUAUCUCCUCAAGAGUGGAGGCUUAUGA